GUUGGAUCAUUGGCAAAGGCAGAAACAGUGGACUCCGAAUGUGUGCAGUCGGAAACUCAGGAGGAGCACGAGCCCAUUGUGGUGCAGGAUGAUUCUAGCUUGGAGAGUUCUUCGAGUGAGGCACAAUUUGACCUCAGGAUUAGUGAGUGCAAGGUUCCGGAUAACAUCAGAGAUGCUUUGAAAGCAAAUGGCAUUACCACACUUGCUUCCUUGUCCUAUAGUUUUGGGCAACCUGGACAAGUUAUUGAUCAAGAUGCUUUUGCAGCUUGGGCCAGGUCCUUAGAGCCUAGAGCUGCGUUAGGAGGAGUGGCAAAUUUGAGGAGAUUGGUAUUUGAAAGCCAAACCCAGCUUCUGGCCAUUCUCAGGGAUCAGGUGACCUCGGCGGACACGACCACCAGGAAAAUCCCGCAAGCAGAAAGAGAAUCAAGAAUGAACUUGGUCAGGCAGCGCUUGACAGGUGUGUUGGUGAGCGGCUCAAUGGAACCAGGCCACUCCCUCUUGGAUUCAGUGAUGCACAUGGUGGAUAAGAAUCAGUUGAAGUAUUUGCCUCCUGAACGCUGUGUCUCAAGGGUUCACGAACUCACGUCUUUGAAGGCACCAGACCGUAUGCUUGACAUUGAGGCGAACAAGAUCGUGGUCAAGGAUAAAGAUGAGAAGCUCGAGGUUCCGGCGCACACUUCUUUGCAGGUCUUGGAGGCCAUGAAACGUCGUGGCAUCGCCUUAGACUUCGGAGAUUGCAUGGGUUUUGUGGAACAUGACACAUACGUUCAAGCCCUUUUUGCGCAUUUGCAUCGUGAACCACCUCCCGGUUACCAACGUUGCACAGUCGCUCAAUUGGUCAGUGCUGAUAAAGAGGCUUGGAGGAAAGCGAUUGAGUUGAAUGUGAAGCCCAAGAGGGAUCAUACGGGGGCUAGACCCCUGGACCAUCAGCUGAUGGCUGCGCUCACGUCAUAUGAGGUUUCGUUCACCCUGAUUCCCUUGCCCAUGAAGGAAACUGCGUAUCCAUUGCAUCUGGCGUAUGAGAUCGCUCAUGCCUUUGCUCAGGAAGCAGUGACACGAGGUUGGCAGCCGCCGGCUGG